AACAAGCAGCCACACCCAAGCGGAGAGGCGGCAGAGGUGAGCGCGUGAGUGUGUCGCGCUUCCUGUCGCCUUGACUCUCUCUCACCUGCCGCGAGGGGGGUGAGAGUGAAGCUAAAGAAGAAGUCUUCCUUGUGUACUCCCACCUGCUCCUCUUUCCGGUGCGAAAGAUGUUGCGAGCACUGCGGCAAAACGAAUGCAACAUGACAGAGAUCGGCGACUACUAACUGCGAGCCGCACAUGGGCGCGCCUUUCCACAUCACGCGUGAACAAUGGCGCAAAUCGGAGCAGCCGCGACUUCCGCGGUGCCCUUUACCGACCCGUCAUCCUAUAAGGAUAAUCUAAUUGGAACUUUGCUGGCUAUAUUUGGAAAUCUUCUCAUCAGUGUUUCUCUCAGUGUGCAGAAAUACAGCCAUGUCAGGUUAGCUGGCUCAAAGGACUCACGAGCUUAUUAUUGUACCAAAACCUGGUGGUGUGGACUCUUCCUGAUGUUGGCUGGAGAACUAGGAGUUUUCAGUUCCUAUGCCUUUGCACCCUUGUCCUUGAUUACACCACUCAGUGCCGUUUCCACAAUAGCUACUUCUAUCUUAGGAUUUAUAUUUAUAAGAGAAAAGUGGAAACCAAAUGAAUUUUUAAGACGUUAUAUAUUUUCUUUUUUUGGCUGCGCUUUGACAAUCAUUGGAACCUACUUAUUUGUUACAUUUGGUCCAAACACCCAUGAAAAGCUUUCAGCAGAAAACAUUAUCAAGCAUGUUAUUGGCUGGCCAGUCCUUCUGUUUCUGCUACUGGAAAUUAUUGCCUUUUGCCUUCUACUGUAUUUCUAUAAGACAAAGGAUGCAAAAUACCUAAUGGUAAUCCUGCUUUUGGUAGCACUUUUGGGUUCUAUGACAGUCGUUACUGUAAAAGCUGUUUCUGGAAUGAUAGUCCUUACCAUACAAGGCAGCAUGCAACUCACUUACCCCAUCUUCUAUAUUAUGUUUGUGUGCAUGGUAGCAACUGCUGUCUUCCAAGCAACGUUCCUGUCACAGGCCUCACAGAUUUAUGAUGCUGCUCAGAUCGCCUGUCUUAACUAUAUUUUUUCAACAAUCUUUGCUAUAACAGCAGGAGCAAUAUUUUAUCUUGAAUUUAACAAGGAGCAGGCCCUUCACAUAUGUAUGUUUUUGUUGGGAUGUGUCAUUACUUUUGCGGGAGUCUUCCUAAUAACAAGAAACAGAAAAAAAUCAAAGUCUUUUGAACCCUAUGUAGCAAUGGACACAAUGCCAGCUCUUCCAAACAUCCAUGACAAAGGAAGAACUGUUCAGCCAGAUUACAAUGGGUCCUUCUCUUAUGGCGCCCUAGUGAACAGCAUUCCUUCUGAUGAGAAUUACACACCUGCCACCCUGGCAAUAGUGCAGGAACAGCACAACUCCAAAGCAUCACUAGCACCAUUUUAUCAGGUACUAGAUCAUAAGAAGGACUAGAAGCUGUCAAUGGCAGGUCAGGUGUACAGUACAUUGUCUCCAUUUAAACCUGACAAAGCUCGGUUCACUAUAAUGGUUUUCUUGAAUAAUUUAAUUAUUUUGAAUAUUUAUUUAUAGAAUGCCAUUGUGAAAUCUUUAAAUUAAUUCUUUAACUGUAAGGAGUAAAUCAGUCCUGGCAAUCAUUGACUUUUCAUCAUGCCAGUUAUAUCAACAUUUCUGGUUUUACACCACUUGUGGUUUGGCACUUUCAUUUCAGUCUCGUCUUUUUUGGAACAGCAUAUUCCCUUCUGUCAGGCACCAACACUUACGAGCUGCAGACAGUUAAAUGUAGCAAUGUACAUGUGCAUAGCAAUUCAAAUGUUUAAUGACCAUAAAAUAAAUUGACGGAGAUGCAAGGAUAGCUUGCCCAAAUAUGGAUAAGUCCCGAACAAGGAGAAGCUGGAAAAGAUGACAUAAAUUCAGAAGAAAAGAAGUACUCAGAUGUGUUGUACCAUCCUGAAAACAGUACAAAUGUACAAAGGAUUUUUAGUGCUUUGUAUUUAGUAAAACAUGUUUUAAAAACAGUGCAAACUUUGAAAUGUUAAAAAAAAUGAUUGUUUUGUUUUAUUUUGGUUCUAUUUUAAGAUUUCGUUUUAUUUAGAAAAAUCAAUGGGAAGCAUUAAAUGUCCUGUCAGACAAUGACAAGUAAACAUUUUGAGUGCCUUUAUAGGAGAUGUGCAAACUGACUUUUAUAUAUAUAUAAAAAAAAAAUAGUUUUGCAAAUGUAUUUUGGUAAUUUAUAUUGUUGUAGUGAGUUUUUCCAAUUGUUUUCCAAUGUAAAAAAGCAUACUACUGCCAGGGACGCUGCAGGAUGUUUCAAGGUGCAUCAUUUAUCUCUGUUGAGUAUUGUUAUAAAAGAAAGGGAAUGCCUUUGUGUUUCAGCUUUUCUGCAGCAAUGUGAGAAAGGUGGACUAACGAUGGACUUGUCCUUCAUGUAUCUGUCUGUGCUAAUAACUUCUUGCUGGGGUUAUGUCUUAAAACUGCACUUGAUUUGGCACUGAGCUGCUAUUAUGUACCUACAUGUCAUUUUUAGAGCGCCAUAAAUGUAAAAAUGACAUUAGAGUGGUGCCAGCAUCAGACUGGAACUGCUGUCUCACAGCUCCAGAGGCACGGGUUCAGUUCCCAGCAUGGCCACUGUUUAUGUAGCAUCAGCGCAUUUCCUUUGUGUCUCCAUCGUUGUGUGCGGCCUCCUUAGGCAGGGGAGGUUGAUUAGUGACUCUAAAUGUACUGGAAUCUGCCAUUUCCCUUAAAGCACACUCUUUCAUCGCCCAGAUGUUGCGAACAGAGAUUCAGUCCAUCCAGUGCAAAACUACAUAGAAUAUGCUGGUUCAGACAAAGGAUCAAUGGAGGGGUGGAUGGGUGAAUCAGCUUAGCCGUCUUGUCAACAUAAAGAGGUGACAGAAUUAUUCCAAGAAAGAGUAACUGACAGUUACAAUAUUUUUUGCUAUUAUUUGUGUCAAAUAUAACACAUUUUAAUUUGUAUCUCACCUUGACAACUUUACAAAAGCUCAAUUUAAUACACGAUGAUUCAUAUAUAACAUUAAAACACAAUAUAGCUGUAGAGGGUUUGUUUAUUUCCUUUUGUUAUGCUAAUAUUGUUGCAUCCAGCAGAACAGUGUGUUUUUCUAACAUAUUGGCAGGAAAGGCCAACUGUGUCCCAGUAUAACUCCACAGAAAAAAUAAAAAAGGUUUCAGCCUUGAGAAGCACCCCGCCUGGAUGUGACCGGGUCACUGGCCCCCUCAGAUACUUUAGGGAAGGAUUCUUGUAUUCCAGAGAGGAUGACACGUUGCCCUGUGAGCUGAGCUCUGCCACGGGAGAUGCUGCAACUUACCGCACAGGUAGAAGUCGUGACCACGAGCAGCUGAGUGUUUACAAGUAAGUCUUUAAACAUGUCCAUGUGAAUGAUGCACUUGUUUUAAUAAAAUGGAGUCUGCUGCUUUUCUUCCCUGUGCUUAUGCACUCUUUGAUAAAUGAAACUCCCACGGAUCUUACUGACAAAAAUGUAAGGGCACAAACAAAUAAGAACAAAAAGGCAAUAGAGAAACACUCCAGAUUGAUUCUUUAAUCAUCAAUGUAUGAAUGAAAUUAUUUAAAGACCAUACAUUGUAAGACUGACGUUUCCAGGAAAGUGACUUAUUGGUUUAUAACACUGAUGUAAUAAAAGACAGACUGAUUUAUUAUUGUGUUGGUCAUUUUGGAUAUAAAUCCACAAUUAAUUACUGGUUUCGGCUGAAAAUAAGAAGACGAGAUGGAUAUAGGAGUUUCCUUGUGUUAUUUUUUAAGAUUCCUGUAGAAACAAAGUGAAUACUAGCAUUGUGUAAACAUUGUUAAGGACUAGGAAAUCCAGGUUAAAGUUCACAAAACACAACGUAAAGAGUUUGCAAUUUUCUCUUUAUUUUCAGUUAUGCAAUAAAUGUUUCUACAGUACAUAAUAGUAACUGCCAAAAUGGAUAUUACUUGUCUGUGUGCUUAAUCUUCAUCAAAUCCAGUUAGUCACGUUCUGUGUAGUGCCCAUCGCCUAUAAACAACGAGAGUCUGACUCUUGGGCACAGUGGCGUUAUGAAUUGUCCAUGCUGAGCAAAGUGCCUUAGCCUGCUGUUGCUGAUACUUGACUCUGAUCUGUAGGAAAUAUCUGAACAUGUUUUAAUUAACCUGUUAUAUUUCUUUCUGUUUGAUUACUGUACAUGUAACAAGUGUGCACUAAACAUCAUUUUGUUGCAGUCACUGAGCUGUAAUUGACGAGAGAGCAGAGUAACAUUCCCGUCAUGAUUUGGUAUGUUGUGCAAACCUGGAUGGAGUGUUAUUAGUUUUUGCUUCAGUUUAUUUAAUCCAAGCCCAGUCAGCCUUUGUACUCUUUUAAGUAUGAAGAAUUGUUCAUUUUUCAAUAUACAGUAAUGAACAUUUUGGCCUUAUUGUGAUGGCUGCCUUGUAGUACAUAUGACCCUGUAAAUACCCAAAGUGCCUCUUAGGCUGUGAUGUCCAGUCUCUGAGACACUGUAUCCUCCUAACAUUUGCAUUUGUUUUCAUUGCUGCCUAAAUUAAUUUAACAUAAAGGAAGAAAGAUGCUUAAUGUAAUCUUAAAUGGAAGACGUGGUGAAUACAGCCAUUUUAUAUUUUGUCAUAUAUACCUAUUAAUAUUAACUGUGGCUUCUUGAUUAAAACCAAAUAACUGUAAAUACAAUAUGUGCUUGUAAAAUAUAUUUAUUAUGUUUGCCUUGAUGUUUAAUAUGAUGUUUAAAGUAUGAUCCCAGUAAUAGGAAAAAUCUGAACUACACAUAUAAUAUCAUGUAGUAAGCUGCUAGAAAAUUGCCUUACUGAACAGUACCUGUAUAAUUUAUGCUUUAAGUCAUAAAAAUGCCUGUUUUAAAUUUGCACAUGCAUUGCAGUUUUAUUAUGCUGUUUUUUUAAAUAAAUGUCAAGUAAAACCAGAA